AACAUUAAAAUGUGCCGCUACUUCUUUGUCCAGGUACGACCAGCAGGCUCUGUCCAUAGACUUUCUGGAACUGCUCGAGCACUUCAUACCCUCAGACUUUGAGAUGAAGCUGCUGAACAACUACGAGAAAGAAGGACGCCCCCUGGAGGAGCUGACCAACGAGGACCAGUUCAUGCUACGUUUCGGGAAGAUCCCUCGACUGAACCAGAGGAUAAACACUCUGACGUUCAUGGGGAAUUUUCCAGAGAAUGUCAAACAUUUGCAGCCGCAACUCAACUCCAUCAUUGCUGCCUCCGUGUCAAUCAAGUCUUCAGUGAAACUGAAAAAAAUUCUAGAAAUUGUUUUGGCCUUUGGUAACUACAUGAACAGCAGUAAGAAAGGUGCAGCGUAUGGUUUUCGGUUGCAAAGUCUAGACUUG